UGUCAAAAAAUCUAAACGUCACAUUUAGAAUGCUUGACGGGGAGAUAUUAAUUAAUGAUUUUAUUUUUUUACAUAUAUUUUCUUAAAAAUAAAAAUGUUAAAACGGUUAUAUACAGCGGUGUGAAAAGUACAAUCAAUUUUUAUUCAAGUAAAUAUCUAUGAACUUUUAUUCAACUCAUCAAUAUGAAAAAGUUAUUUUCCAAAAUUGAAAAAAAUUAUGACAAUACCUCCAAAGAAACAAGUUCAUUUGUAGGAAAAGUAUUUACCGUUGGUAGACAAACGGUCACAGUUGAGGAUAUUUUAGCCGAAGGUGGAUUUGCAAUUGUUUAUCUUGUAAGAAGUAACAAUGGAACAAAAUAUGCUCUUAAAAGAAUGUAUGUUAACAAUGAACAAGAUCUUAAUGUUGCAAAACGUGAAAUUCAAAUUACAAGCAGCCUUAAUGGUCAUAAGAAUAUAAUAGGAUACAUAGAUUCGAGUGUAGUGGCAACUGGAGGUGGAGUUUAUGAAGUGCUACUGUUGAUGCCUUAUUGUGCCGAAAAUGUGUUUGGACUUAUGAAAGCUCGUGGAAAACCAAACUUUACGGAAACUGAAGUUUUAUCUAUUUUCUGUGAUAUAUGUGAGGCAGUGUCAAGAUUGCACCAUUGUAAAACACCAAUUAUUCAUAGAGAUUUAAAGGUAGAAAAUAUAUUAGUUGGAGAAAAUGGUAACUAUAUACUGUGUGAUUUUGGAUCAUCAACUGCUAGAGUGUUGAAUCCUUCAGAAAAAGGAGUAGCUAUAGUUGAAGAGGAAAUUAAAAGAUAUACUACAUUAAGUUACCGUUCACCUGAAAUGGUUGAUAUGUAUUCAGGAAAACCAAUUUCAACUAAAGCUGAUAUAUGGGCAUUAGGCUGCCUGUUAUAUCGAUUAUGUUUUUUUACAUUGCCAUUUGGAGAGAGUACUUUAGCUAUUCAGAGUGGCAAUUUCUGCAUUCCAGAUAACUCACAAUAUUCCAGAGGUUUACAUCAACUGAUUCGGUAUAUGCUGGAACCAGAACCAGAAACGCGACCUGACAUAUAUCAAGUAAGCUGUGUUGCUUUCCAGUUACUCGGAAAGCAAAAUCCUGUAAAAAAUCUUAUGAAAACAACUACACCAAAUUUAGAAGAAUUACCUACACCUCAAUUCGAGUCUGAACAGAAAAAAGCAAAUCAAAUAAAACAACAAAGUUCCAAGAUUAUUCCUACGGGCCCUAUAGUUGAAAGCACUAGCGUGAUGCCUCGUCAACGACCUAAAGCAACCGCUACCGCACCCCUUAACCUGAAUAGCAUUCCCUUAAAUAUUAGUUCUAGUCCUGGAUCAUCAAAGAAGUCACAAAAUUCCCAGAGUCCUAAUACCCAAUCGAACCCAGUUCCCUUUCAAGCAGCACCGCCCCCAGGUAAUGUUCCUAGCACCUUUUCCAAUUCUCCUGCUUUUCCCGAUUUCGGUCCUAGUGAUUAUUUUUCACCACAGUCGCAAGCAGGUUCAGAACUACCUCCCCAACAGCUUGAUUCCUUGUUUCAGUCUUCCAUGUAUCCAGAUCCUUUCCGAGAUGAUCAUGGAGGUGCAUCUCCCACCGCCUCUGACACUAAUGGGAAUAAAGGUGGCGAGAGUUUUCCAAUGCAAGUCGGAGGGAUGGGUAUAAAUAUUGUGACGCCUACUUCUAGUGAUAAUCCAUUGUUUGGAUCUGGAAAUUUGGGACAUGGGACGAGCCCAUUGUUGAAAAGUGGUUUAACAGAGUCAAUUGCUGUUAUGGGUAGUACUAAUACACCUCCAUCUAGUCCAUCUCUGAGUAUCCCAAAGGGCCACAGACGCAAUAUGAGUGACACUACAGCUUUCAACAAAGCUUUUGCAAACGAGACUACACAAUUUUUGGCUCCUUUUGAGUCGUCAAUGAAACCAAAAACUCGGGAUUCGCCCACUCAAGCUUGUUCUGAUGAUACAGUUACAGCUCCAAUGGGAAGUUCUACAUCUACCUGUGAUGUCAGCCAUUCUAUAGGACCAGAUGGCAGGUCACUUUCCGCUGACGUGGCUAAUUGGAACCCGUUUGAAGAAGGCACACCUUUCAGUCACAUGACAGAGGAUCAUAUUUUCGGUGCAGAAUUUGAUAAAAUCAGACGCGGUAGUGACCAACAAAGCAAUAUUUCAUUGCAAUCUAAGGAAAAUCUGGCUGUGCAGGAAGACCCUUUUGGCAAUGCACCUUUUAGUCUUCCACUUAAAGCCCGUGAUAAAUCCCAUAAAAGGCUACAUUCCUCAGCCAAAGCAUAUAGAAAAGAAAUUCCAGAACCUGUUCUUGAAGACAAAAACGAAAAUCUAGAAUGUUAUUCACCCGAGCCUUGUAACAAUCUAUUAUGUUCUGAAGGGGAAGCCCCUUUGAUUGGAACUACCGAAACAGAAAGUGAUAUAGAUGUGUCUCCUCCGUUUAUUAAAAUUCCAUUAGAAGAUCGUUCUAAAUAUGAAAAAUUAGUUCAAGGUAUUGACGUUAGUUCCGAUAGUAGCGACAAGGAAGAUCGAGACAGACAUAAAGCUCAAGAGAAAGUUCGAAAAAAGAAAAAGAUAAAUUUACCUGAAAAAUUGCAUAACGUUUACAAAACAGUAGAGUUGCCCAUAAAGGGAUUUAGGUCAGAUGAUAAACAUGGAAACUGGAAGAAAAAAGGUAGUCAAAAUAAAGUCACCACUGCUGAUACCGUAACUAUUGACUCAGAUGAUUCCAUUGGCUCAGCUAGCGAUUUAAAAGUCGAUGAAGAUGUUCCCGAAGAAACACCAGAGGCGAAAGAAGAUUUGGUGAGCGAGAAUAUCAGUGAAGAUUUAAAAACUUGUGGCUCGUCAUCCUAUCAUGCUGAAUGCGAGAGUAUGGCGACUCACGAAGAAGACUGUACAAGUAGAAUAAUAAGAGUACUGAAGAAAGAAGAGGCGAAGGCAGCACAACAAUCGCAUUCCGAAGAUAUGCUAUUUAUAGGCCAUCAGUAUGGAGAAAAACCACUUUUAAUGGAUGACGAACUUGAUUCGGAACCUGAAGUUCAAGGAUCUGCAAAAUGGAAUCUCCAUAAAAACAAAACUGAAACGUUGUGGAUUCCUCCUUCUAGCAGUUUCGAAGAGAAGCGAGAUGUUUUUGCUUUGGCACCAUUUGGCAAGACUCGUCACAGACGAAUAAACGUGGAGGUUGAAGAACAUUCCUCCGAACCAGCAGUUAAUGAAACUGAGACGGUUCUAACGUUUGAGGAGAAAGAGUGGUUUCCUUCUUCAGAAACCACCGUAUCUUUAAAUCCGUUUCUUUCUCCCGACUUUCCUAAUACUGACGUACAAACAAAUCCAUGUUACAGUACUGUAACAGUAAACUCGAAUUUUAUCAACAUCGAAAUAUCCGGUAAUCAGAAGACUGAGUUUCCUCAGGAGGCGCGUUUUGAGUCGAAUUUUGGAGACAAUGCCGACCAGUAUUUCCAAAAUCAGUUGAAGGAAUCUGAAAAAAACAUCGAAUGUCCGAAUAAGACUGCCUUAUUGAUAGAUUUGUCUAAUAGUAGUCCAGAUAAUUACCCGGUUCUCGAUUCGCCCUCGAAUUUCCCUACUUUUUCUGAUUUGAACGUGGAUGAAACGGUGCCGGAAUCGCCGAAAACCAAACCAAAAAGAGAUAAAAAGAAGGAGAAGGACAUGAAAUCGAAGUAUCGAUUAAUAGAUGACAGCGUCUCGGACGAAAGUCCUAGUUACGGUUUAAGCAAAAAUAGUAAAGAUAUAGAAGGGAAGUGUCUUUAGUUAUCUCAAAAUUGGCAAUAUAAUACGUUAGUUAGUUUUCGUAUGGGGCUAACUAUUCACACAAUGUGUAAAUAAGCUAUGUAUAAAUAUAUUCUAAAGUCGGUCCAACGAGCCAGGGAAGAUUUCGCCAGACGACAUCCAAACAAUGACAGCAAAUUUGAUUUAGCUGUGAAGUAGAAUGACAGACAACAAUUAUUACUGUUGGAAGACUCUCGUUGGGCAGACUAUAAACCUGCAUUAAAUCUUUGUCAGUAUUAAGUUAGCUUUAAUUUUCAGUAUUUCGCUUAAAAUUUGAAAUAUUUAAAAAGCAUCAUAUUAAAUCCUGUUCAUUACCAUUUUAAAAGUACAAUACUAGAUGGGUAUACAGUACUAAAUGUCAAAUUAUUAUUCGCCUGAUUAUAUUGAAAAUGAAUGUUCGAUGAUUUGUGUUAAUAUUUGUGCAUCUUUAUUAUACAGGGUGUUUCAAAAAACAUGUGCCAUCUC